AUGAAGCUGAAAAUAAGCGUUGUUUUAGUGAUACUACUGAUAGGACUUGGACUCUUAGCAGUUUAUUAUAAAAAAAGCUCAAAAGUUAGAAAACUCACCAAAUCAGUUGCUUAUGGAGGAAAUGGAGGAACUGAGUUUGAUGACUACUUGGGGUUGAACAACAUUUAUGGCAUACAUUCCAUUAUAAUCAGCUUUGGCGAUAUUAUUGACUCAAUUGAAGUCUGCUAUGCCCACAACAAUAUUCAAAGAACUGUUGUACAUGGAAAACCUUCUAGCAACACUCAAGUUGGAUACAUUGCACUUAAUCUGCAAGAAGAAAUCAUAAAGAUUGAAGGUAAAAUUGAUGGAGAAAUGGUGGGCCAAUUGACCAUUACUACAAUUGGACCGAAUUCUGAUGUUCCUAAAAUAUACGGGCCUUUUGGAAAGAAGGGAACACGUUCAUUUACAUUUGAAGGACAAAUACUAGCAUUUCAUGGACGCUCUGGCAACAGCUUGGAUCGACUUGGAGUGUACAGAUUGGAGAAACUGACCAAAAGUGAUCAAUAUGGUAGCACUAGUGCAUCUCCUUUUGAUGACAUAUCAGAUCUAAAUAAUCCUCCUGUUGUAUCAUUGAAAAGCAUUACUGUGUGGAGUCGUCCCGAAAUGGUACAAGCUAUACAAGCAGAAUAUCUUUUAGUAGAUGGCAGCACUCUUGAAGGAGCUAGGCAUGGAGCCAAUUUUGCCACAGAGAUAGCAACCAUUCCAUUGGAAGAUGGAGAUCAAAUUGUAUCUAUGGAUGGAAAAACAAACCCAUCAGACAAAUCUAUUGCUGAGCUCUCCUUCACUGUAGCUAAAGGAAAUAAAGAAACAAAGACAUAUGGACCUUAUGGAAAAGGCAAGGGGGAAAAAGGAAGCAAGGCAUUCCAUGUACACGGAAAUAUUCUUGGAAUACAUGGAGCCUCUGGAUCACAUAUAGAGAAGAUUGGUGCAUACUAUAUAUAG